UGAGCUGUAUGACAAUUUUAUGUUGUUUUCCGUUGGAAUGUACAUGUUGCUGUCCCCUAGUAUAUCUGAGGAAAUGUUAGCCUUUGCACAAAAGUUGAUGGUUGCUUUUGUUGAACACUUUGGGGAAUUAUAUGGAAAAGAUGAAAUUGUGUACAAUAUACACCAGCUUACUCAUUUGGCUGAAGAAUACAGGAGGUUCGGCAAUCUAGAUAAUAUAUCAGGAUUUCCUUUUGAGAAUUGUCUUGGUCAAAUUAAGCAUCUUCUACGCAAGCCACAUCAGACACUACAACAGGUAGUUAAAAGGUUGUCUGAAACCUCACAUGUUGGACCCACAUGUUCUAGAGAUUAUCCAAAGUUGCUUAACAUCCACAUUGAUGGUCCAGUCCCCACACAGUUUAUUUCUUCACAACAGUACAGGAAGGUCUCCACUCAUCGGUUUACUUUGUCCACAAAGAAAGGAGACAAUUGUGUUGAAGUUGGAGAUGGAUUUGCAUUAAUAGAGAAUAUUAUUAAAUCAGAAGAGGAUACAUAUAUAAUCGUCAGAAUGUACGGACACAAACAGCCAUAUUACAUGUAUCCCUGUGAAUCAUCAUACAUUGGCACAUACAAAGUCAGUGGCUUGAAAGAAAAUAUAGGGGUAGUUGGACUGGCCUCUAUCAAGCGCAAAUGCCUUCUCUGUCCAGACAUGGAUGGUGCCAUUGUAAUACCACUACUUCAUUUAGCAUAGUCAUGCUGCCCUGCCAAAGUGCAGUAUCUGUAACUGAGAUGUAUAUCAUGGCAUAAAUUACCUAAAAAUAACAUUUAUCUAAUUCUUACCUGUGCAAAUAACAUGUUUGACUGGCCAAAAACUACAAUGUCUGUAGUGCACUUUGGCUUUGAAGAGUGAAAUGGGGAUGACCUGUAAGGAGAUAUCAUGAGUAGUUCUCAUUUCAUCCCUAGCCCUUCGAAGAUGAGUAGAGAGGCACUGUGGUCAGUUGUACAGUUCCCAAAUGGUGGGACAGCAGUAGUUCUAGAGAGCUGGUUUAAAGCUGAGGAACAGACGCUGUUAUGGCCCCCAAAACACAUAACACUCAAGAAAGCCCUUCGAGACGGAAUGCAACCAGACGACAAAUGGAUCACCUAUACGGAUGUACGAGUCCUCAUUACGUGUGAGACCCUUGAUGAGGCGAAAAAACGAGAGACAAAAUAUAACACCACAAUGUGUCCAACAUCUGAAAUUGAAUCUCAUGAUGAAGGAGCUAUCCGCCAAAAAAGAAUAUCCAGGCCAAAUCAGCAGUUUAUGCAUUCUGAUUCUGAAGACCAUCAGAGUAGCAGUGCAAAAAGAAAGCGUUUUGCCAAACCACCUGAUGUUGGAUGUCCAGAUCUUGUUGCUAGCAACUACCAACAAUCACUAGCUGAUGAAGUUCUUAAUGCUGAGAUGCCAGGUUUUGCUACAGCCCACUGUGUCCAGUACCACAGGUUGCAGAAUCCACAGCGACAAAGUACAAGUAUUGGGUUGUCUGGAUGCAGCUCAAGGCAGUAUAACCAUCGCCCUGGUCUCUCACAAUGUGCACAAAAUAGGCUGCCAUUGGAUAUAUCACAGACAAACUCCGACCUGAAUGAUGUAUUGGAUUCAGCGCCUAAUCAAGGUUUCGAAGAUGCAACCACACAAAGGGCCAGCAAUAAUGGGCAGCUUUUGAGAGACCUCGCUAUCCAUAAGAUGACAUCGAUGCUUGCUGAAGCUCUUGUGAUUGUGAAGGAUCUAUCCAGAGAUGUCCAAUUCAUUAAGAACAAUUUGGCUCAGAGUAACAUUACACCAGGUAGCACACAAGGACCAGCAAACCUUGUACUCCCCUUCCAGCUGCCAAUUGAAAGUGAAGAAGAUUUCAGUAAAGCAGAGUCAUUACUGAUUGAAGAGACAGUGCGUCAAAAGAUGAUUGCUCGACUGGCUCUAGUAGGAGGCACCAAUUCAGCCAACAUGGUAAGAAGAAUGUUGACAACUUGUAUGAGAAAUGCCCUGGCAAGUCAGUUCAACUGGGCUGGGAAGAAACAUAGGCAUUCCCAGAGUAAAAAGCCAUUCAAGGACACAAUCCUGCAAGAGUGCAUAUUAGUUGCUGCUCGUCAAUUCGAACCAGGCCUAACUGAUCAAAAUUACAGCGAAACAGUAAAGAAAUGGUUUCGCUAUGCACCAGACCGGGAGGGAGGCAUUGAAAGGCAACCAAAGGGACGGCCAGAAGACUGAAAUUAAAUAAAAUAUUUAAGCACUGC